ACAGGUGGUAGCUGGUAUUUCAAUCUGGUCAAAGCUGGAUUUUACACCAUAGUAUAACCUAAUGUAGGUUUAUUGGCUGGUGUUAGAGGGGGUCGUGGGUCAGCACCGAUAAUUAGAUGUCAAAUUGGCUAGCAAGUAACGUUAGCGGUGAUUUAAGUAAUUGGAAAUAAUUCCGGUUGGAUUAACCAGAAAAGUAGAUGGGGAUCAAUGUUAUAUGUAUAACCAUUUUCUUUUGAGAUUGACAGCUAGAUUGCUGAAUACGAAAGGUAUUAUGCAUUGGCUAUACUGGGUUUAUUGUAGAUUAUCAUGCAAGUAUUUUUAUUGCUGUUAGAAGGAAAAUAUACCACUACGAAAUAAACAAUAAUAUCAGCAAAUAGAUUGCUAGCCUGCAAGCAAAAGCGCGAAGAUGUUCAACCAGCAGCAGCAGCAGUUGCAACAGCACCUGCGGCAACUCCAACAUCUCUUUCAACACCAGCAGCGACCGCCUCCUCAGCCUUCCUCAUUGCACCCGAUGGCGCACCAUCACCAUCACCAUCAGCAAAUAGGCCGGCCCGUGUCUGCUCCGGCGCAAGCUCCUCCCCCCCGCAUGGUCAGGCUGAGCUCUGCCUCCCAGGCGACCGUCAUGGCCCCAAACCCCAUGAUGCACGGCGCUGUCAUGAUGCAGCAGCUGCAAGGAAGCAUGCAAGGAUUUGCGAUGGGUGGGCAGCAGUUUACGCAGUUCUUCUCAGCUGGAUCAAGGUGUUCCCUCCUUGGACCGGCUCCCAUGGGCGUGGCCGUCAAGUCUCCGCACAUGGGUUUCCCCCCACGACACUACCACCCUCAUGCCCAGCACUAUAACAAGGACUUUGCCGCGCAACAGACAGACAGGAGAAAGGAGAGUGAGCAGAGGGUGGUCAGGGCUACGGAUGGUGAAUUGGGCGCCAAAACAGGGGCUGAAACCAACGUCAGGGCUGUCAGCACAGAGGGUGCGGUGGCCGCAGACACCACACCCUCUGCCCAGUCGCAGGAAGGGCCUGCCCUGAAGAAACCCAGGAUUGACGGCUCUGAAGGACUGAUGGAGGAGCCAGUGGAGGCUAAUGGAGCCCUGAGUUCAGAUUACAAAGCCCCUGCUGAUGCCAAGGGACCUGCAGAUGCUGUGACUCUUGAAGAGGGGGAAAGCAUGGCUGGGCCCGGGACCAUAGAGUUCGUUGAGGAGUGUAGAGCACCUGAGGUGGUCGCCGUGGGGACCAUGCUGAAAGUCACCAUCCAGCAGAGCAAUGAGAGUCGCGCCUUCAACACGGGAUUGGAGGAGCAGCCAGGGGGCGGGGCAGGGGCGGGGCAGGGCGAGGCCAGGGACUCGGACCGAGAUGCUGCCAGCAAGUUCUUCUGCUACAUCUGCAGCACCACCUGCCACGACCAGCAGAGCUUUAAAAGUCACAUGAAUGGCCUGGCCCACCAGCAGCGUAUGAUGGAGAUCCAACACAUGAGUAACGCCUGCCUGGUCACACUGCUUCCUCGUGUGCGAGAGUCUCUGGAGAGAUACGGGGAGAAGAGGCCAGGCCCACAGCGGUGGUGUGCCACCUGCCAGACCCACUUCCACGGUGACCUCAUCCAACACCGCAGGACCAAAGAGCACAAGCUGUCAAAGUACUCCUCCCGCCCUUUCUGCACCGUCUGCAAACGGCACUUCAGGACACCCCGCAAGUUCGUGGAGCACAUGAAGUCCCCCGAGCACAAGCAGAGGGUGGAAGAGCUGCGUGAAGAGGGCCUACCAGAGGUGCUGGAGGAGCUGAUCACCGUGGAUGCAGUGGGCUGCUUUGAGGGAGAGGAAGACUACGAGGAAGAACCCAAUGAACAGGAGGAAGAGGGAGAGGAGGAGCAGGAGCAGGGCAAUUCACAUAGCCAGUUGUUACAGGGAGGGCAGACUUCCCACAAGGAGGAGGUCACGCUGGAGGAUAUGGCGGAUAACGAGGAGUACGACCCCAACACGCAGUACGGGUCCAGCUUUGUGGUUCCGGUGGCUGGGUUUCUCUGCAGGCUCUGCCGCAAGUUCUACCACUUUGAGUCCACGGCCCGGCUCUCACACUGCCAGUCCCUCGCACACUUCCAGAACCUGCAGAAGUACAGGGCCCUAAGGAGACAGGAGGACACAACUGAGCCGGACCCCUGCAGCGAUGGUGUCGAGGAAACGCAUGGAGGCGCAGGAGAGCAGGAAGAGGAGGAGGAGGAAGAGGAGGAAGAGGAAAAGGAGGAGGAGGAGGAGAACAGUGCCUCCCUUGAUCCCAUCAGCCUCCCUCUGGGGGCGGUCAGUCCUCGCCCCCGGGACCGGACGGUUUGGGCACGUGUCCCUGACGAAGGUCACGGCUCCCGCUCGAGCCGAACGCACCCGGGGGGCACCGCCAGGCCCAAUCUCCGGGUCGCCGUCGGCCCUCCGGCCCGUAAGCGCCCGCGGCCUGGAUCCCCCCUGGACCUUACCUUCGCAGCUGCCCCCCUGCAGGGAGACUCCCUGGCGGAGGAGAGCCAGAGACAGGUCAUCUCUGGCCAGCGGGCCCCUCCUUCUGAGGAUGCUGAGGAGCCGGCUGUGGAGGACCGGGCAGCAGCAGAAGAAGAAGAAGAAGAAGAAAAGGAAGUGGUGGCCAUCACGGAAGGGGAGGCAGCAAUGGGACGCACACGGGCAACUUCUAAGAAAAAAGCGGGAAGGACGAUGCGCAGAUGACGAGAGAGGAAAAUAGAGGGAACGACAGAACUUGGAAUAAUUUGGGACUAUUUUGUUGGAUCUGUCUCAUGAGCCUGCGCAGUCCGUUGAUGGACCAAUGACAAACCUGCUGGCUGACCGCCGGGUCCCACUGCUGCUAGCACGGGAGCACUUUAGUGGGAGGGUAAAGAUGUGCUGUUUUAAAGUGAAUCGUGUUGGAGACAUGGAGUGUAAAAAAUGUGCAGUUGCAGUUUUAAAUUAAAUAGUGUUGGGGACAUGAAUCGUCAUGAAACCAAAAAUGUGGAGAAGCGGCUGUAUUAGUGACUCACCAAAUAAAACCUAAUGUAAUGUGAUGGUUUGCUGUGGAGAGGGAAACCAUUUGAUUGGUUCUGAGAAAUCAGUGUUUGACCGCUUGUUGUGUACACGGGAAAUCUAUUGUUUCGAAGAAAAAAAGUUAACAUGAAUUCAAUCACAGCAAUCAUGUUUUAUUUUUCCAUUGCACAAUGACACUGAAUUUGACAAUGAAUUUGGCACAUUUGUUAAAAAUGGAGAUUACUUUCAAAUGACAGAACUGUACUUCCGGAUUUCCAAAGCUUGCAUUUUUACAUGAUUUAAGUAAUCGGAAUGGUUUUGCAAGAAAGGUUCAGACUAAAAGUAUAGAUGAAAAAGAAACAAUGCGGUGUUUAUUCAAGUGAAUCGUGCGACUCAAAAUAUGUGCACCAGGAGCUACUAUACAUGGGAAACAUAAAAUAUUGUCAGUGAAAAGAAAAUGGACUGUAAACCCUUUUUAUUUCUAGAUUUCGGCAUAGAAAACUUGACUGAUAUAAAACAUUUGGCAGGCAAUAUGCUGAACACUGAAUGACUGACUGCACUCCUAAAGUAGGCCUGCUGUGUUAUUGUCUCUAGUCAAA